AUGAUGAUGAUGAGAAAAACCGAGGCGUGUGGAGUAAGGGCAGGUGUUGGGUACAGUGAAGGAGAGAAUUGCAAAGAUCAGAAAAUGAAGGGUCUUACUAAUAAUAAUAAUAAUAAUUCGGAUACAAUCGGGUUGACCCGAGAUCUCGUCAACGGCUUCUCCACUGUCAACAAGAAGAAAAGAUUGCCCAGACAGAGACGCUCCUCCAUCAACCUUCUUCACCGCUUCUUUUUCCGAAACUCCUCCUCCUCCUCCUCCUCCUCCUCCUCCUCGCACGUGCCUCAUCCCCUUCCUAAUGCCUCUCUACCUCCCGCACGUGGGAUUGAUCCAGGAAGGCUUAGAUUCCUUUUCCAAAAGGAGCUCAAAAACAGUGAUGUUAGCUCUCUCAGAAGAAUGAUCCUCCCUAAGAAAGCUGCGGAAGCUCACCUUCCUGUACUCGAAUCAAAAGAAGGAAUGCUUAUCAGUAUGGAUGACUUGGAUGGCCUGCGUGUUUGGAGCUUCAAAUACAGGUUUUGGCCUAAUAACAACAGCAGAAUGUAUGUACUUGAGAAUACCGGGGACUUCGUUAAUACACAUGGGCUACAACUUGGAGACUACAUCAUGGUCUAUCGAGAUAAUGAGAACCAAAAUUAUGUGAUUCAGGCAUCCAAAAAGAGUAGUGUUUAUGCUAAUCAUCAGGAACAAGAUCAUCAUCAUCAUCAUCAUCAUCAUCAUCAUCAUCAUGUCGUGUACACUGACAAUAUAGCAGAUCAGAGUAGUACUGCUGAAGCUGCUCAUGAUGAUCAUGUACUGAUCACCAAGCAAGAUGAUCAGGUGGUAGACGUUCCUCAUAUUGAUAAAGACCAGUACGAGGCUAACAGUAGCACAACGUCGUCUAAUAAUUGCUGGUACAUGAACAUGAACUUGAACUUCCCUUUUUUGGAGUCUGUGGACGAGACAAGCAUGUCCUUCGUCUACGACACCACCAACUUCCAAAACGACAAUCUGCUUGACUUCUUGGGAGGAUCCAUGACUCAUUACAACUAUUCCAGAUCAAAUGCUGCUUUUGAGAGUUUUGGAUCUGUGGACAACUUGUCCCUUGACGACUACUAUUAA